GAACUUUGGAGAGGCUUUUAAAACUCUUUGAAGGGUGACUGACCUGCCUUGGGGGUUCUGCCAUGGAACCUGAAGCUGAUUUACACUGAAAUGGAACUUACCCUGGGAAAGGCAACUUGAAAAUGGUACAGUGUUACCCGUUUGAGAUGUUUGGUUCAGAGUAAACUCAAAUUGAGAUGUUUCCUGUCCCAAAGGAUACACCUUCCUGGGGAACUGCUGGACAGCAAACUGAUUUGAGUUUGUAUUUCCUAGGCAGAGUUCCUGUGGUGACCCAGAGAAGGAAGGUGUCCUUCUCAAACAGCUCAAAUAAGCUGUUAACACUCCUCCCAAAACCCAAUCCAAAACCUCAGUGACCAUGUUCUCUGGACCUUGUUUGCAAGGCUCCUGACUUACUGCCUCAAAGGAAAGAAUUGCUUAAUAAUGUUAAUUGAGGAGAAAGAUUUGAGAGACAGUGGCAAUAAAUAUAAGCAUUAUGAAAAUUCAUCUGACUGUAAGGGACCUUGCAGUGAUUCAGUUCCUGAUGUCAGAGCAGUUCAUGCAGUACAAACCCCCUGGCAAAAAAUUGUGGAUGUCAGAAAACAAUGCUGACCUUUUCUCCUUCAUUUGUUCAGCUGAUGUUUAGCAGGUAGCAGGAACAUUCCUGAAUGUGGGCUGAAACCCUGUCCCGCUGUGUAACGUGAUGUUGGUGAGACCCACUCAGGGAAUCAUUACCUGAUGAUUCUAAAACAGUGCUGGUAUGUAUGUCUUAGGCUGAAAUGUUAAAGGUGAAGCAGAUGCAGCAGCAAUGGGGACAGGUUUUUUUGGGCUCUUUUUUUUGAGUCCUUGGGCAUUGUGUGUUCUCCACACUAACAUGAGAAAACAGAUGUUGGAAUAUGAGGGGAAACCAAAUAGGUCUUGUAAAAUCAGUAGAGUUCCAAAAUUACUGUUGUCCUUUCUGUAGCUGUAUUCAGGAACGGAACAGGAGCCUGUCUUAUGUCUGCCCGCCUUUGCCAAGGUUCAGUGACAGAUUGCGCUGUCUGAAUUAGGGCAGGAAUCACAAAAGCAGCUGGAGCAGAGACUACAAGGACCUCAAAACGCAGGAUUUCACUGCUAUCUGCCAAUGUACAGUGACUAUGUGGAUGAGGAAGCUUAGAAAUUAUUUAGAAACUUCCUUUUUUCCAGGCUGUCCCAGUUCCAAGGUAAGCAGCACUUUGACCCUCACCUGUUCCUGGGCAACAAACUCAUUCUGUUGCGUGGCACCUGCUGCUUCCUCGGGGAGCUGUGCUGUGACAACCAAUCUUUCUACUAAUUUUAGUUCUCCUGGAAUAAGAAUACUAAGGGGAGGUCAUCCUAACUUACUGCUUCAAAGGAUUUCUUGAUCGGGCCGAGGAGAAAGACUUAAAACCCCAAAGCAAAACUAAAACCCUGUACAAAGUUAGUGUAAUAGUAAAAGCUGCACCUUCAAACGUAAUGGUAGGAAAAAUGCAAAUGUAACUGUGUGUUAGAGUCUUGAAGAAAUUGCACCAAACAAGGCUGGUCACUGUGCUUUUGUCAAACACCUUAAUUAAUGAUAGUUAAUGUCUCUAUUCUUAAUACUAGACUUGCCAACUUGAAAGGAGUUUCUCCUGCUCUCCUGCUGUCUAUAGGGUGUGGAGCUUUUUAGUGUCACCCUGCAAACUAGAUGAAAGCCACAGGGUGAAGAGAGCAUUUAUGGUAGUUCACAUUGUUAAUUGAAUUGGCAGGGCAGCCUCCUAGUUCAGUAGGUGCCGAAUUACCACAUGACCAGAGACAGCAGCCCGGGGAAAAGGCUACUGAGCAAAGUUAACCUUUGGUAGCAGCCUGCAAUUAUCUAGUCUAGAUGAAAUCCUGAUGAAAAACACUGCUUCUCUUAAAAUCCAGGCUAUGAAAGAGGGAGAGCCGCUCCCGUUUUCAGACAGCUCUUGGAACAACUGCCGGGCUGUUCUGCUCUCCUCCGGGGUGUCUCCCGCAGCACCCCGUGAUUGCCUGUUUGCUGGAGAGGAGAUGUGGCCAUAUCUCGGAGCAUCCUGCCUGGACCCGCCUCCUGCCUUGGCAGCCUUUUCUUCCUGCAGCGUGGGGAGGCUUUUCCCCACCGCCUGGCGCGGAUGCCCCGCGCUCCGCCCGCCCCGUUCUGCGGCUGUGGCGGAGCUCUCGUUCCAAACCCCCCCGACAGUCCUCGCUGGGCCGCGGCCGGUCCUGCCCCCGCACCGGCAGCGGGUAUACGUGGCUUGCCAGUCGAUGCUUAUUGUGCUCGUGGGAGCUGUGCCCAGGUACCACAUAGACCAGGAGGGAAUUCCAGCGAGCAGAGCUGAGCUUGCCAAGCACAUCCAUUUUGCCAGCAACUUCACAUCCAUCGUCACUGAGUGGUACCUAAUUGACCGAGAAGCCUACAAAGUAAGCCUUGCAUCAUCCCUGUUUUUUGCUGGACUGCUCAUUGGAAAUAUCACAUUUGGCCCUUUGUCAGAUAAACUGGGCAGGAAACCAGUGUAUAUCUCAGGUCUCUUUUUUGAUGUCAUUUUUGGGUAUGUCACAGCCUUAGCUCCAAAUUAUGACAUAUUUGCGGUUUCACGGUUUUUUGUUGGAAUCGUGAAUGGUGGAAUGGCUCUUGUGUCUUUUGUCCUAACACAGGAAUAUGUAGGAAAAUCAUUUUGGUCAUUUACAGGUUCAUUAACUAAUGUGACAUUUGCAGUUGGCAUUGCUGUUUUUGCUUUGCUGGGUUACUGUAUCAGAGAGUGGCGCUACCUCGCCUUGGUGUCGAACACUCCCGGAGUCUUCUUCCUCCUCCUCUCUUUCAUGCUCCCAGAAUCUCCACGGUGGCUGUACUCCCAAGGGAAAACAGCAGAAGCUGAAGACGUGUUGCAAUAUAUUGCCCUUUGUAAUGGAAAAGAAAGAUUAAAUCUAAAAUUGAAACCAAGUGCAGGAACUCUGAGGAAGGAUGAGUUGGCACCUGGAAUCCUGAACUUGGUGAAACAGCCGGUCCUUCGGUGGCGAACCAUCCUUCUGAUGUACAUCUGGUAUGUCUGCAGCUUUGUGUACUAUGGACUAACUUUAAAUGCUGGUGAAUUAAGAGGAAAUCUCUAUUUAAACGUGGCUCUUUCUGGUCUUGUAGAAGUUCCAGCAUUUCCUCUCUGCAUGUUUUUCAUUGAGAAAUCCUGGUCUGGAAGACGUAAAACCAUGACGUGUUUUCUGACAUUUGCAGGACUUGCCUGUGUGUUUACCAUGUUUUUACCAACAAAUGCUGGUCUCCUCCUGGGUCCCACUUUGUUAGCUCUGUGUGGAAAAAUGAUGGUCAGUGCUGCUUUCAACAUCCUGUAUAUUUAUACAUCUGAGCUGUACCCAACAGUGCUGAGAAAUGCUGGCUUGGGUGUCUGCUCCAUGUCUUGCAGAUUUGGGGGCAUUUUGGCUCCAUUUGUGCCAUCUAUGAAGUCUCUCAGUCCUUCUAUACCGUUCGUGGUGUUCGGAAUCACUGGACUAUCUGCAGGAUUCCUGACUCUUCUUCUGCCAGAAACACUAAAUAAGCCAAUUGCUGAGAGCAUCGACGACCUCCAGAGUCCCAGAUACCAAGUGCUUAAAAAUGAAGAGGCAGAGCAAAGCAGUUAGAAGAAAACACUUGAGUUUGAGACCUGUCUGGUGGAAAAUGAAGCCUCCAUUGAGAAGAUGCUGUAACAGCUGAAGGGCAAAGUGCUGCUCCCUGUGUCUGACAGGAAACAUUCUAGGACUCAUGUAUAAUGCUGUUUGUAGCAUGUUGAACAGCUCUGUGUGGAGGCACACUGAGAAGAUGGAAGGAGUUGAUCAAAGCUUGUGAGAAAAGAGCUGACAAAUCUGUGCAUUAAUUUAAUGACUUAACAAAAGCCCACUUCAGAGGUUUGGACUUCUCUACAGCUUCUUGAAGUGAAGUAUUAAUUUAUUUUACAGGACGUAAUUGCCAGCUUCAGAUGAAGCUAUGAUGUUGUAAUUGAAGUGAUGUAUAAUUUAAAAUUUAGAUGGCCUAUAUAUUCUGUCAAGCUGGAAAUGUGAAAAGGAGCAGCAUCCUGUAUAUGCUAAUUUUCUCUACAGGUUUUUUGCCUCUACAGUGUAUACCUCACAGUGUGAAGAGACCAAAGAUCUGUGUGGGUUGUUGGCCUUAUGUCUAGCAUAAGAAACCUGAGCAGGAGAUCUGAAAGGAGAAUAAAUGGAUUCUGUUGUGGGAGACAGCAAGUUUUUGUUGGAGAAGAUGCCUUAAAUGAAAAAUAAUACUAUAUUGGAAAAAUUGUCAGGACUUGAAGAGGUGCAUUUAAAGGAGAGGAUGAGUAACCUUUUAGACAAAGGUUAUUAAGUUCUAGCUGUACAUGUGGAAUGAGAAAUUAUUGAGCAUGAGUUAUAUAUUGUAUAAUAUAUGUAGUAAUAUAUAAUCCCAUAUAUUUCACAUAUCAGUUGGAAAUUCUUCCUGCAAGGGAACAGUGUUUGGUUAACAGUUAAUAUAUUUACGUUGGAAUAGAUGUAUCACAACUGUUACAGAUUUUUUUUAUGGCAAACACAAUUUUGUUAUUAAAAAGACAAUUAUUUUAA